AUGUUUGGUGACACUGAUAUUACAGCUGGUCUAAGCUCACUACAGUUUGAACAUGGAGUGGAGCCUAGACACAAGGGGUUUUUGCACCUAGUACAGAGGAGCCACUUGACAGCACUGACCGUUUGUGCACAUUCUGUGUUUUUCUGCAAGCUACUCCUCUAUGUCCGACAUCCAGAGGUGAAGUGGUGCAGUCUGCACACUCCCCCUAAGCUUCUGCAGAUCUCACACAAUGAGCACCUACGAGUGGGGAUAAUAGGUGGAGGCCAUUUGGGGAAGAAACUUGCUCUGUGCCUGACACACCUGAGUGGUUUACAUGCUGAAGAGAUCAGAAUCUCCACUCGCCGACCGGAAACUCUCCGUGAACUACAAGAGCUGGGGGUGCAAUGUUUCUAUAACAAUGUUGCACUUGCAUCCUGGGCCCAGGUUCUUUUUCUCUGCUGUCUACCGUCCCAACUUCCUACUGUGUGCGCAGAGAUCCGAAACCAUCUGCAGGAAUCCUGCAUAGUGUACAGCCUGGCGUCUGCUGUGCCUUUACCCAGACUGAAGCAGCUGCUGUCGCACAGCAGUGUCAUCAGACUAAAGUACCGAUAUGAGAGCAAAGUUAACGAGCAGGAAUUGGACAAAAAGGGGACGAUCACAGCUGUGCUUAGAGAUGCAUCUGUAGUGAAGACAUUGAUUCCUGGUGACCCCGAGCAAGGAGGAGUCUGUGUAGUGAGCAGGUGGAUAGAAUCGUCUGUAUAUGCCGCCCUUAACAUGUGCACGUUUGAUCAUCUGUCUCACCAGCAGUCACUCAAUAUCCUCAACACCCUGAUUCAGCAGCUAGAUAGCCAGGAAGGGAAAACUUCAAGUCCUGCUCUCAUUAAAGAACAUUUUGUGAUCAAGGAUAUUUGCUCAGCAUUGUCUGAAGACAGCUCAUUUCCCCUGGUUGACCUGAUAUCUGUCCAGACAAAGGACACUCCCUUUAGUCAGCACCUCGCAAGCUCACCAUGGCUACAAAAGCGUUUCUUACAGCUGUUCUACACUUGCUUUGUGGGUUCCCUUGCUGAAAUGAAUCAGACUCAUCUGACCCUAACUUCUAAAGAUUCCUAGAGAAAAUUUGUU